CUUCCUCCACCGCCGCUCAGAGGGGCCAAACCACUAAAGCGUUUGCACUGCUUGCGGCCGCCUCCCUGUCGGAGCACUUUUAGCCGGUGUGAGAGGCCUUCAGUCCCGCACCGCUUCCAGCCAGGCCUCCCCCCGCCACACGUUUCACUGAGCCCUAGUCAGAGCGAGCCGCUCUGUCCGCCCUGUCAGCAAGCUGGGCGCAGACAGUAUAGAAGGCCAGGCCGGUGGUCUCCCGCGGAGACUGCUCCACCUGUGUCCGGCCGGAAACAGAUGUGGUCCCAGCCUCCCAAUCUAGAUGUGACCGGGGGAGCACAGCCUUCCUGUUAUUAGUGUCAGCGCUCCUCCCUGUACUGUGUACCCGGCCGUGCUCAGCCCUCCGUACAUUGCACACAGCGCCCGACACUCAGCCCGCACUGCCCGUUGACACAACAUAGGCGGCUCCGGCACCAAGAUGUCCAACCGAGCGCUGUGCAGGGAUGCGAGCCACGCCGGGAGCUGGUACACCGCCUCAGGGCCCCAGCUGAGUGCGCAGUUGGAAGGUUGGCUGUCCCAGGCACAAACUUCAAAAAGACCUGCAAGAGCCAUUAUUGCACCUCAUGCUGGAUAUACCUACUGUGGAUCCUGUGCUGCUCAUGCCUACAAGCAAGUAGACCCUUCCAUUACGCGAAGAGUAUUCAUUCUCGGUCCUUCUCACCAUGUGGCUCUUUCUAGAUGUGCACUUUCCACUGUGGAUAUAUAUAGAACACCCCUCUAUGAUCUCCAUAUUGAUCAGAAAGUUUACGGAGAGUUGUGGAAGACUGGGAUGUUUGAGCGAAUGUCAAUGCAAACAGAUGAAGAUGAGCAUAGCAUUGAAAUGCAUCUACCUUACACUGCUAAAGCAAUGGAAAGCCAUAAGGAUGAGUUUACCAUUGUUCCUGUGUUGGUCGGAGCUCUUAGUGAAUCAAAGGAACAAGAAUUUGGAAAACUUUUUAGCAAAUAUUUAGCAGAUCCUUCAAAUCUUUUUGUAAUUUCUUCAGAUUUUUGCCACUGGGGUCAGCGAUUUCGUUAUACAUAUUAUGAUGAAUCUCAAGGAGAAAUAUAUAGAUCAAUUGAAAACUUAGACAGAAUGGGUAUGAGUAUUAUAGAACAACUAGAUCCUGUGCCAUUUAGUAAUUACUUGAAGAAGUAUCAUAAUACUAUAUGUGGAAGACACCCCAUUGGGGUGUUAUUAAACGCUGCAACAGAGCUCCGAAGGAAUGGAGUAAACAUGAGCUUCUCGUUUUUGAACUAUGCUCAAUCUAGCCAGUGCCGAAGCUGGCAGGACAGUUCAGUGAGUUAUGCUGCUGGAGCACUUGUGGUGCAUUGAAGCAAUGAGCUCUCAGGGAUGCCACCUCGAAACACAAUGUUGACACAACGUUUUCUUUUCUGUCCAUGGGGUCAUAGCCAAGCAGUUGCACAACGCUGCUCUGGGGAUUAAGAGGAAGCUCAACCCAGUUUGUAUCCCCCCCCCCCACACACACACACACACACACUUUUCCUUUCUUUUUAGGUGUAGUCCUAUCAUGAUUUACUUUGUUUCCUUCCAUUCAAAGCAAGAGUUGCUUUCUUGGUUAUAGUAUCAGAAGUUGUGUCAAACUGUUUGUGACCUUGAAGACUAAUGGCAGGUGGUGGCAGAAGAUUAUACAAUGUUAGUUACAUGGAAUAAGUUAGCCUUUUACCAUAACCUAAAUUUGCACUGUUUGCAGAUAUGUGCACAUGUACUCAGCUUUCAGAAUAGUUUUGCAAGUUGUAAAACGAAACGGAAUUAUAACAAAAAUAAAGGGUGGAAGCUUUUUAAUAAAAAAAUAAAAUAAAAAAAAUGCAUUUAUAAAUUAUCCUUUAUCCUGUAUUCGAAUAUAAUACAACCCAUGUAUAGUUGGUUAUUACCAGUGUUGUACAACAAAUACCUUCUAUUUUAGUUGCUAAUAAAGGGCUACACAAAUCGGUUAA